AUGCCGCCGAAAUUCAAAAGCCCCAAGAAGCAGGCCCAGGGCGCAGGCCCAGGUCCUAGGGUUCUGUAUUGGUUUCGCACCGACCUUCGCCUGCACGACAGCCCAGCACUUGUGCACGCAUUAUCCCUCGAACCAUCCGUGUUCAUCCCACUGUGGUGCUGGGACCCGCACUACGUGUACCGCCAACGUGGGGCCGCCAAUCGGUGGAACUUUCUGGUCAGCUGCAUGCGCGACGUAUCGAGGUCGUUAACCGCGUUGAAUCCGAAGCAGAAGCUUCAUGUCGUGAGGCGCGCGCCCGGAAAGGUCAUGGUGGAGUUGUUGCGCAGGUGGAAGGUCGAUGUGUUGGUGUUUGAGAAAGAUACGGAUGCGUAUGCCCGCAUGAGGGAUGACGAGGUGAGGGCGAUUGCAGAGGGAUUGGGAGUCAAGGUGGUUAGUUUGAGUGGAAGGACGCUGUUUGAUAGUGAUGAGGUGGUCAAGAUGAACGGUGGGAAGCCGACUAUGUCUAUGAACCAGCUUGUCAAUGCGAGUAAGAAGAUUGGAGAUGGCGCUCCGAAGAAGCCUCUUGACAGGCCUACCAGCCUGCCUGAUCCGCUGGCUGAGGCCGAGAUGGAUCUCAUCGAUUUGGAUGAUGAUACGGGCGGAGGAGGGGAGGAAAAUGUGGAUUACAAUCUACCGCAAAGGAGCCUGGGGAAGGCAAAAAAUAGGCAGUAUGAUACAGGGAUCAUGGGUCCCAAGCGAGAUUUCGGCAUUCCCACGCUCGAAGAGAUGGGCAUCGACUCGGCCGACGUGACGUCUCCCCACAAAGGAGGCGAAACUGCUGGACUUGAAGCUUUAAAGUCCAUGAUGGACAAGUCCGACUAUACUGGUACCUUUGAGAAGCCCAAAACAGCACCGACCGACUUCGAGCCGCAAGCAACGACGCUGCUCUCACCACACAUGCACUUCGGCAGCGUCUCUGUAAGAAAAUUCUGGUGGGACGUCCAGGAUGUCUUGGAGAAGCGGCGGAAACAGAACAAGCAUGUCAGUGGAGAGCCGGUCAAUCUACCCGGGCAGUUACUGUUCAGAGAUAUGUAUUUUGCCGCUUACGCAAAAUUGGGAUUCCAAUUCGGACAAGCAGUGGGCAACAGCGUGGCGAGAUUCAUCCCUUGGCAUUUGCAGUCGCAUUACGUCAAGGGACAGAAAGAUGGAAACCCUACCGGAGAUGGAGCUUACGUCGUGGAUGACCCUCAGGCGGAAGAGUAUUUUCGUAGGUGGAAGGAGGGCAGAACGGGUUUUCCCUGGAUCGACGCCAUCAUGCGCCAGCUCAAACUGGAAGGCUGGAUCCACCACCUCGGGAGACACGCCGUGGCGUGCUUCCUGACCAGAGGUGGGUGCUAUGUCAGCUGGGAACGCGGAGCGGAGGUCUUCGAAGAGUGGCUCAUCGACCACGAAGUCGCCUGCAACGCGGGAAACUGGAUGUGGUUGAGCUGCACGGCCUUUUUCAGCCAGUUCUAUCGUGUGUAUUCGCCCAUCGCGUUUGGGAAAAAGUGGGACCCCGAAGGCAAGUUUGUGAGAAAGUAUGUUCCAGAGUUAGCCCAAUUUGACAAGAAAUACAUCUAUGAGCCGUACAAGGCCCCGAUCGCAGACCAGAAGGCUUGGGGUUGUAUCAUUCAGGGUGAUGGGACAAAGACCGAAGAAAAGGGCACCAAGGUCUUUCCGAAACCGAUGUUCGACUUCAACAAGCGCAGACAAUUUUGCCUGGAUCGCAUGAAAGAGGCAUACGAUGUUGGGCUAUAUGGUGAUGAUAAGAGAGUGUUGUCUGGAGAGUGGAAGAAGCUGUUUGACUUCAAUGAUAAGCGUAGGGAGAGGAAGGAGGAAGCCAACGGCCAUCUUCCCACUCAUGGGACAAAGCGUUCGAAAACCGAGGCAUCAGAUGAUGCCGAUCGCCCUGCGUCCGAGGAUGAUACCGGGGAACUCGCGGACCAGGGAGCUGCAAGCCAAGACGAAGAAGACGAGAAGCCACCCAGAAAAGCCGUCAAACAAACUAAACCUAAGAAAGGUGCUCAGAAGACCUUAGAUACGGUCGUGACGACGACGAGGGCAAAGAAAUGA